AUGGCGAAUGCAUCCUUUCCCGAAUGGUUGCUGUGGGCAUCGUCUCUCUCUUCCACCUUGCAAGCGAGUGAUAUCCAUCUCAUCGCAGUGCAGUCAUCGAGCCAGAACAGUGCAGCACCCCUACACAGCGGUGCCCCAUUUCAGCAUCCAUCAAGCAACUCUGCAAUCAAUGACUUCCUCAUGCUACCUCGAAGCAAGGGUCUUCGUCCUGCACUCAGCGGCCACACACAGCCCAAGUUCGAGUAUGAAUGCAUCUUCAUUGAUCUCGAGGCCCACAGGCCAGACGAGGUCGUGGUGGAGAUGAAGCCCAUGGCAUCUGACCUUCGUCCCUUCCCCCUUACCCCCGCAAGCCCGAUGUACCGUACACGCCGCCCUUGCGCCGCGUCUAUGGACAAUCACUUUACAACCACAUCGACUUGGGGCGUGGCGACCGGUGUGCUUCCCAGCACCUUCCCCGUCAUUCUCGACCACGGAGGUGCCAGCGUCAUCCAUUGCAUCCCACCCAACUACAAGGGCUCAGAGCUGCAAGGUCGCGAUGCUGUCCUACGCGGUGCCAGCAGCGCAUUUGCGCCUCGUCCAACUUGCGGCCCGUCUAAAUUCUCGGCACCGAGAUGGUCAGCGUCAGGGAGCACGAGCUUUUACAUGGGCGGCUCCAGCAAGAAGGUCCGCACAGACGUCUUCAUGCAAUGCUUGAUGAGCGAGUACGCCAUGUUGCCCGCUGAAAUUCUUCCUGUGGAGUACGCAGACACGAAGUCCACGACAUCCACCUGCAUCAUCGAACUCGGCGGCAUGGGCUUCGCUUCAUUGGCCGGCGCCACACCGUGCAACUUCGAUACGGUCAUCAUCUUCAACCUGGUCGAUGACCGGAUCGCACUCGCCCAGAAACACAGCACGACGCAUACCAUAAGCAUCAGGCAGGCAGAUGAGGUGGUCAAGGAGAUAAAGGCGCUCACCCUUGGCAGUGCCGGCGUCCAGUGCGUCUUCGAGGCGACCAGCGUGCCCAGGCUGACGGCAGUGCUCAAAGGAGAGACGACCUCGCCGUCGCUCACGCCGUGCAUCGUCACCUUCUUCACGAGCCGCCACUUUGACUUCAUCACGGACAUCGCUAAGACGUACAAGCCGAGUGAGAUGGAGCAGGCGCUGGCAGGCCGACAUGCCUACAAGAAAAUCAAGCCCUAA